GGCCGGCCGGCGGGCGGGGAAGACGCAGGGCGCUUUUCCGGGCGCAGGUAGGCUCGGGCGCCCGCUGACCCUGCCCUCGCCCGGCCUCCGGGACCCGCAGGGGCUCCGAGACGGAGCCUGGACCGCGCCCCCCACCCCCACCGGACCACUGUGACCGGGCAGCACCUGGGAGCCCGCGACCCGCCAGCAGGAAGCCCUUCGGGGGACUGAAAGGUGCUUCUCUGUGGCAUGUCCGAGCCCGCAGCCGGAGGAGGGAGACGUCACCCGUGGGCCAGGCUGUGUCCUCUGCAGCCCAGGACUCGGCAGUGAGCGGAGCACCAUGGAGAAAGUGAGCUCCUUCUUCAGCGACAUCUGGGACACCAUCCUGACCAGACACCAGGAGGGCCUGUUCAACACCAUCUGCCUGGGUGUCAUCCUGGGGCUGCCGCUGCUGGUCAUCGCCAUCCUCGUCUUCGUCUGCUGCUACUCCUGCUGGAGCCGGCCCGGCCAGGGUGCCCAGCAGCCCGAGCGAAGCAAGGGGAAGAAGAGGAAGAGGAAGAAGAAGAAGGGUGAAGAAGACCUCUGGAUCUCUGCUCAGCCCAAGCUCCUCCAGAUGGAGAAGAGGCCAUCGCUGCCUGUCUAGUCGGGCAGAAAGCAGAGGUGUCCGCCUCUGGGGGCUCGGCCACCUUCUCACCACACACAGGGCAGGGAGCCGCGAUCCCCCAAGUGUCUCGCUCAUGUCUACAGGGGAACUUGUCAACCAAAGAACACAUCUCGGGCUGAGCAUCCGUGGCGGGCACUGCCGGUGAGGCCAUGGACAAAGCUCAGGCGCUGUCUGGACAGCUGUGUGUCCAGCCGUGAAGCGGAUUCAGGCCUUCCACCUGCGUCCCGCACAGCCCAUGUGCGAAAGCACCAGGAACACGUAUGCCCACAUCCCGACACGUCCUCAAACGCACACACACCACGCACACACGCAGUGCAGUAUCUCCGCUCUUGCAAACACAUCUCAGAGGAGGGCCCCCAGAUUCAGGCGCGUAUGCGCAGUGACCUGACUGGGCAGGGUUGUGGCAUCCACGCCUAUUCCACACACUACUCCAGUGAGAGCCGUGCGCAUCCUCCUCCGAUCCCUGUAGACCCUGGAAAUCCUCAUUCUUGGACAUUCCAGCAACUUGGUACCGUCCCCUUCCAGGCUCCCGUGCUCCUGACCGCUCACCCGCGAGGGCGAAGUCCUCAAAGCUAUUGUCUCGCAGCUCCUGACAAGGUCCUCGUGACCACCAGACGGUGCUCAGUGGGGUCCCUGGCCUCUCUUGGGGGUGCUACCCCAGAACCACGGGCAAGGCCCCCUUCUCCACACGAGAGCACACGGCGACUCCUAGGAAGCUGUGGACGCCACAGCUGAGGCUGCUCCGUCCCCCACCCAGCCGCACUGUGCUCGGUGCAGGAGACACUACACCUGAGCAAGGGGCCCCGUGGGACCAGAGGUCUGCAGUGGGGGGGGAGUGGAGACAGUCCCCGGGACAGCCCCCCAGAAGGCACACUGGAAGCGAUCCCUGCGGCUGUCAUGGAGGCUGCCUGUCGCAGGUGGGCUGUGGUUCAGAGCUUAGGGGAAAGCAGAAUGAAGCUAGAUGAGGUUUAUUAAUAUUUAUCUGGAGGCUCAGGCAGGUGCCCUGGCUCACUGCGGACGCUGGUGGACAAGGACUGAUGUUCAGGGUUAGCUCGUGAUACCUCGCCCGUUCUCUCAAGUGACCGUCUGCGUGAGCCCCUGAUUGCUGCAACGGCUGGAGGUGGAACGUUGCAUUCUGCAGGGGUGCGGAACCAGGGACUGGGGGGACGUGUCAGCCAGGCCCACGGGGGGCUGAGGAGAGCGUGUCCCCACCAGGCUGGAGCUGGGGGCAGGGUUACCCCAUCCGUACGACGAGCUGGUUGGCGUUCUGAUUGUACCGGGACCUGCUCACGAUUAAGGGCGGCUCCGGAGCAGGGCUGUGCUCUCGAAGCUGUUCUAUGUGGCGGUGCAGGUGCGAUUCAGUCAAUAAUGUAGCUAAACUAUGGUACUAAUAGUAGCAAAAACUAAAUUCUGUGAGGCUGUGCUGAGGGGGAAAUGCACUCUGCUCACCUGGGCCCUCUGGCUCUCACGUGCCCUCCGGGUGUCCUGCGGGCCUGUGAGGUGGAUGUGGGUGGUGACCGUCCGCCAGGUCUUCUAGCAGGGACCCUGAGAAGCACAGUUCAGGCCUGUGUACGUGGUGGGAUCAUUAAUGUUCACCCUGAGUGGCCCUCAGUGUCCUGGGCACUCAGGCCCCUCACUCCUAAGCCCCUUUGACCAGAGGAAGCAACAGCUUCUGAUGCUCCGUCCCCUUGACGUCACAGGAGGGCGGCCACCUCUCGUGUCUGCUACGGCCCACAGGACUGGCUGCCCUUCCUGUCUGCACCUCCCAACCCCCCCGUUUCAGGAUGACUUGGGGAGACGUGGGGGCUGUCGGCUGAGACUGUGUCAGACUUGAUCCGAGAGAGCAGAUCCCGGGAACACAGUUGCCACGGCAACGGCGGCGGCUGGGAUUGAGGCAGCCGUGGGCUGUCCCUGCCGUGACAGGCCUCCCCCCGCCCCAGGUGCAGCGACCUGCUGUCUCCUAACGCAGGGGACGUGCUCCAGCUCCGGGCACAGACACCCCGAGACGCACAUCUCAGCUGCUCCCACAGCCUCGGACCCAGGGCGCCCAGCUUGAACGAGGCCUCUCUUACCCCCUCCCCGGGCAGCACCCCCGGAGUACCUAGAACAGUGGUCCAGGGAGGCCCACAGGCUGGCUGAAUAAAUGGGUGCAGGAAAGGACCCCAAGGAGACUAUCGGGGGCCCCUCCUUCCUUUCCCACUGGGUUCUCAUCCUUCUCUCUCAUGUUUCUUCCUCUCCAUCCCCUCUCCUCCCGGCCUCAUCCCUCCAGCCGGCCCCAUUUUUACUCCCUUCCUUCGCUGCCUCCGGCAACCAGGGUGCCUCAGGCGGGAGCCUGCUCGGCCCAUCUUCGGGGGCUUAAGCUCAGGACAAAGAGGGUUGUCAAGAAGGGGUCCCUCACCCAGCGCAGGCCCGGGGACCCCGGGACGUGCCCAGCCAGACACGCCCCAUCACUGCAGGUCUCCCCCCGCCUAGUGGGUUCAUGUGCUUAUUCCUUGGGUGCCGGUCAGGGGGGGAUGGUGGCCGUCACAAGAAGAAUAUACA